AUGUCGGAAAGAUAAGUAUAUAUUUUAUUCAAAAUGGUAGAAAGCGAUUCGAGCUCAGUCAGCCAAAAAUCCUAAUUAAAAAAUACCUACUAGCCAACCUUAUGGAAAUUCUGUUAAAGGAUUUAAAAUGUAACUUAAUUUAAUUUAAGAAGUGUGAAAAAGGUUAAAGUGAAUAACUUGAUGGAGGAGAGACCACAAAGUGGUUAGAACGAAAUAAGGGCAAGAUAGAUUUAACAAGAAACUGAUUUUUUUAGAAAUAACAUGGAAGUGUUUGACAAGGAAAGACUUUUUGAGCAUUUAUCCUAGGCAAAAACACAAAUCAACCACUUGAAAACAGAUAAUUAUUAAUUGAGGACAACCAUUUUAUAAUAGGAAGUAAUUGCUAAUAAUUAAUAGAUAGAAAACAAUCUAAAAAUACGAGAGAAUCAUAGAGGAUUUUCAAAACAAUGGCAAUUUGAAAAAUGUUCAAAUGAAAUUGGGAGUUGAGGUUUGAAUUCUAUAUUGAUAUUCUUAGACAUCACUAUUUCUAUAAAUGAAAAGACAAAUCAAGGAGUAACAAAAUGAAUUGAGAGAAAAAGAAAUAACAAUAUAAAAUUUUAAGAAAAAUGCUAAAGUAAGCAAAUUCUAAGAACUCGAUGUAAGUAAUAUCUCAUAAUCAAGGCUGAAAUCAGGGAAGUCUAUGAAGAACUCUAGAGAUUGAGAGAACUACUAAAAGAAAGAGAUGAAAUACUAUAAUAAUAAUAAAAGUAAAUUGAUAUAUAUCAUAGUCAUGCUCAGGAGCACUCAUCAAAUAAUGAAUUUGUCAAAGAGUUGCAAUAACAGAAUGAAACUUACCUCAAGGACAACUAGGAGUUAGUAUAGAUUGUCAAGUAAAAUAAUUGAUCAUUUUAGACUUUAUGAAGAGAGGAAUACUUAAUUAGAACACCAGGCACAGCAAUAAUUGAAAUAAAUGAAUAAGCAAGGCAGAGAUAUCUAAUUGUUAAAUCAAAAGUUACAAGUAUUCAAGAAGAGAGGAACUAAUGGCCAAUAUUUGAUUAGUUAGGAGGAGAUCGAUAAGGAUAUAGAAGAGAGGACCAAAUUGAAUUACUUAGUGGAAGAAUAGAAGGAGAAGAUCCAAAAAUUGGAGUAACAAUUAAAGAAAUUUUAAUCAGACAAUAGAAAAUAAUUGGAAUAGAAAUAAGGCAGAAACUUAUAAUAAUAACAAUCAUCCAGUCCCAAGAAUUAGAAUAAUAAUAUUUCUUAAUAGCAGCAAAUAGCAUAGUUUCAAUAAUAGGAAUAAUUAAGGUAGAAUAAUAGUACAGAUUCUAUUUUACUUGAUUAAGAAUUGGCACAAUGUUAUGCUGAUGAAAUACGUUGUUAAUUGUAUUUGGAUAAUAUACCCUUCGCAAAAUUCAAGGAAGUAUUAUAUUCAAAUCAUUUUAGAAAUUGUCUAUUUUGAAUAAGGGCAGAUUAAAUGAGAAUGGAGUUGUUGAGUUUUUAAAGACCAAAUUGGACAUGAAUGCGGUCAAAGCCUAAAAAUUUGCAAAAGCAUUACUCAAAAGUGAUGGAUAUGAUUAACCAAUUUAAAAAAUGAUAAGUGCCAAUAGACUUAAGAAUAUGAUAUUGUCUCUUAUUCAAGAAUACAUCACCUAUGAUGGAUCAUCAAUUUAUUAAGAAGUUAGAAAAGUAAAUACUUUAUUUAAUAUUGUUAUAGACUUUAUUGAAAAAUAAAGAAGAACUUACAAAGAAAUUUAGGUAGAAAUUUCAAAAUUAAGACUACAUCAAUAUAAGAUAAUUUGAAUAACUAAUAUUGGAGUCUCAUAUAUCUAUGACUGAAUUGUAAAAGGAUUAAUUGUUCAUUCACAUUUAUCAAGUGUAUAGGGACUUGGUCUAAUUGUAAUGGGAAUAAUUCUUUAGAGAUGAUUUCAAGGGAAAUCAAUAGCCAAAAUUGGAAAAUUAGUAAAAGUUAAAUUCUCCUCCUAAUACAUAAAAAUAAGACAGCCCUAAUGAUUACAUAAAGAUUUAGACGUAGAAUUCAGAUACUUCAAAAUAGGCUAAGAUUAGAAGUCAUGCUAGAAAUUCAUCUUAAAUUAUUGAUAAUGAUGCUAAUUAUCAGUCUGCAAAGGAACAUAAAAAGCAUGAUGAAGAAGAUGAGAAUUAUGAUGAUUACUUCGAGAGAGAUGAGGAUAAGAAUUCAUAAAACUCAGCAAAAGCAAAAGAAUAGGGUAAAUAGGACAAUGCAGAAGAAGAAUAUUAGGAACAAUUUGAUGAUUAAGAAGAGAAGCCUUAAGAGGAUUAAGAGGAUGCAGCAGUGAAGAUUUAGCUUGCCUAUAAAAAGAAAAAGUAAAAGGAAGAAGGUAAGAGAAUUUAGGAGGAGUAGAAAGAAAAGAAGAGAUAAUAUCUAGAAGAAAAAGAGAAGAAGAAGAAGCAGGAGUAAUAAUUAAAGAAAUAGUAAGAAGAGAAAAAAAGAUAAGAGGAAGAGCAAAGGAAAAUAUUGGAAGAUUAAAAAAGGAGAUAAGAGGAGGAGUAAAGGAAGAUUUUGGAAGAUUAAAAAAAGAAAUAAGAGGAGUAAAGAAGAUAGGAAGAAGAAAGAAUAAGGAAAGAGGAAGAGUAAAAAUAGAAAGAAAAAGAAGAAGAAUAAAGAAGAUAUGAAGAAUAAUUAAGAAAAGAGGAAGAGGAGAAAGCAUUGUUGAUAUAAAAUGCUUACAAACAAAAAAAGUAGAAAGAAGAGGGUAAGAAAAUAUUAGAAUAGAAAAAAAAGGAAAAAGAAUAAUAUUUAGCUGAAUAAGAAGCAAAAAAGCAGUAGGAAGAAUUGGAAAGAUAGAGAUUAUUAAAAGAAUAAGAGGAAAAAGAAAAGUUAUUGAAAGAAGAGGAGGAUGCUGCUUUAAAGAUAUAGUUAGCUUAUUAAAAAAAGAAAUAAAUAGCAGAAGCUAAAGCAUUAUUAGAGUAAAAGAAAAGAGAAAAGUUUGUUAAUGAUUAAAAGUAAAAGGAGGAGGACAGGAUAAGAAGAUAGAGGGAGAGGGAGGAAAAAUUAAGGAAAGAAUAGGAGGAAAAUGCUUUGAAAAAUUAAAGGGGCUCCAAAGAUAAGUAGUAAAUGGAUGAGGCAAAACAAAUGUUAGAGAGUAAAAGAAAUGAGAGAGAUUCAGUACAUAAGAAUCAAAAAAAAGGAGUUAAAGAUAAAAAAAUUAAUGAAGAUGAUUAUGAUUUUGAGUUUGAAUAAGAGCUGGAUGAUUAAUUAGAAGUUAAGAAGGAAAUUAAAGCUAAGGAAGAGGAAAUUAAUAUGGCAGCAUCAAGAAUACAAGGGGCUUACAGACACAAAAAAAAUAAAUCAGAAGGGAAAAAAUUAUUAGAAGAACUCAAAGAGGAAAGAAGGUUAGAGGAAUUAAGAAAGAAGGAAGAAGAAUUAAAACAAAAGGAAUAGCAAGAGCUUGAUGAUGUAGCUGUUAAAAUUCAAAAGGCUUACAAAAAGAAGCAAUAGAAGGAGGAAGGAAGGAAAAUCUUAGAAGAGAAAAAGAAGGAAAGGGAAUUGGAGAUUUAAUAAAAAAACAAUAAGCCUGUAUAGAAUUAGAAUAAAGAGAAUGAUGACGGAUACGAUAAUGAGAAAUUUGAAGAUGGUACUGGUUAUGACAAAUUUACUAAUCCAGCCUUAGUAUAAAAAGAGCCUUAAGAUCUUGAGGAUGAUGAAAAAGUGCCGGAUGAUCCAGUUGCAGAACACAUGGAAGAUAAGUUAUUUAAUAGUGUUGGAAUAUUUGUAAGAUUUUAAUUGAUUAAAUUUAGUAAUAAUCUAUAAAUAAAGAGGAAGUAUCUGAUGCUGAUUAACCUUUAUGA